UAUUAUCGUAAACCACAGAAAUACCGUAAUACCUAUGAUAACCAGCCAAAUAACAUCAGUAAUAUUAAUAAUGCAACAACAACAACAACCAGAACAACCCAUUCAACUGAGCAUGCAACUGCAACAACAGCAGCAGCGGCAGCAGCAACAACAGAUCAACAAUACCAAUUAUUGAAUCCCACAACAGACAGUAAUCGAUGUAGCAGCCAUAGAGAUGAUUCCCAGGAUGAUUCCUCCUCUCCCCUCCGUAAUGAUGAUGAUGAUGAUGACGAUAAUUCCCCAGAUCUAAUCCCCGUAGAGCUGCAACAGCAGCAGCAUUACAAUAACAACUAUUACUACUACUACAACUACAAUCUGAGCUAUGCACCCAAGGACUGUGCCUGGGGCGGCAGCAGGCGCCCGAGUCGCCUCCAACAGCUGAAGCGUCGCACGCAGCACGAGCUGCAGCAGUGGCCGAUGCUCAUGCAGCUGCUACUGCUGGUCCUCUGGCUGAAUGCCCGCUUCUGGCGGAUCGUCGACGAGCAGGUGACGUACCGGAGGAGGCGAUGGCAUUGAUUUGGGGGGCAGAGAGAUAUCAAAGGAGCGAAGCGAAGCGGAGCAGAGCAGAGCAGGAGACGGAUGCGCCCACACAAACUGGUGCUGAUAAUGGUGUUGCUUGGUAUGAGAUCCGAUCUAAGCUUAAGUUGAAUCACAAAUUAUGCCCCAACUCUCUUUCAAAUCUCAUCUCAAUAAAAUUAAUCAAAACUUAGGCUGCAUAAUAUAGUCAAAGAAAAAGCAAAACCAUCUACAAAUGUAACACAGAGAUCCCACAUCCCGAAAGAGAGCAGACAAACAGCAACAACAACCUACAACAACAAACUACAACAAUAGCGAGAGCACUCGCUGCUCGUUACAUUUUGCUCACGCACUACUCGUUACAUCACAUCGUGAUCGCUCUCGUCCCAUUGCGAUGAUCACUCUGUCGUCUCGACUCGACUCGUUUCUGUCUCUCGUCGUCUUAUGCUCGUCUUUCUAUUUUUUCCUCUCUCUCUCUCUCUUUCUAUCUCUCAAUCGUUCAUCUCUCUCUUUUUCUAGCUAUCGUUCCCUAGUACUAACCGUUAUUGCUAUUUCAGUUCCAGUUGCAUGCCAUAUACAUUCUUAGAAGUUUUCCUUUGAUAUCGCUAUAUACUUUCCUUUGUUCUUCCACACCUUCUCCACCACCAAUGCAAUCCACAUCAAUCAUCAUCGCAUCAUCCCAAAAAACCCACCCAAAAACCAAAAAAUUAUCCACACACUAGUCGACAAAAAAAAAAACGCUAACUCAAUCAUAUCAAUCAUGAGACAAGAAAAUAAUGUCAAAGCCUCGAUAAAUGUAACCCACCCAUCAUUCUGUAGAAGAGAAGCCUUAGAAGCGCCAAAACCCCCCGCCACCCAAAAAAGUAAUCCCAUUUUAUGUUAACCAGCGAAACCGAAGAAGAAGAUCUACUAAGAACUUUAAUCCAAAGGUUUCCCCCGCCCUAAGCUUGCCUAAGAAUCUGAAACUGAAAACUAAACUAAAAACUAUCCCAACAGCAAACAAAAAAUGAAAAAAUUAACAAGAAAAUAAUCAGAAGAGAAGAAGUAGUAGAAUCGUAUUUUGAGUAGCGCUUCUUGAUUUACAUAUUUGGUAGCCAGGCAAACGCUAACCGAAAACAGCAAUUUCAAUUGUGUUUCACAACAUAAAAUAUAGAAGAAAAAAAAAAUAUAAACUAUGGAUAAUAUAAUUUUAUAUACAACAUACAUACUAUAGAGUUAUAAAUUUAAAGGCAGACGCUGUAGUUGAUCGAUGAUUAAGCUUUAGUUCUAACAGAGAUAUGUUACUUAUGAUUAUCUAGCGACAAUUAUUAUAUACGCAACAGACAACAAAACAAAACAAAACAAACAACACACAACAAUUACACACACGAAAGAAAGAUACACUUGAAACAAUAUGAAGAACAACUAAAAACUAAUUGAAGUAGUAGAGGACACCCAUGAUAUUUAUACGAGUAUAGGUGGAAAAUAGUUGAAAAAAAAAUAAAACCAAAACAAAACAAUUAGCGAGAAAUAUUUUAGUGCAGUAUCUAAAAAGUCAGCUGAAACUUUAUAUGUUUAAAUGCGAAACUGCAAAAUGGACUUGAAAAAAAGAGCAAACAAGAGGAAAAACUAUAUUAUAUUAUAUUAUUAACUAUUAUUACGAGUAUAUACGAUAUUGAGAGGGCGUGCCCCAGGGGCCGACCAACAACAAGAAACAAAUAUAAGGCGCUGUUCAGCUAAUCGACGAAAUAUAUAGUGAAAAUCGUUUACGUUUAAUAAAAUACUAAGUUCAGCUUAUCGCUACGCGAAUAUGAUUUCCAUUUACAACUUAGGGAUGAUAUAUGAUUUCAGCAUUAGGAAGAAAAAGAGAAAAAACAAAAGACAACAAUCAACAAUCAGAACACAACAAAAACACACACAGACAUUCCACAGACUCACACACAUAUUCCACACUACGAGGCUACCACUGAGGUUGCCCCAUGAUGAAAAAUUAUGAAAAAAAACUUGCGAAGUGAAAUAUAGUUAAGGAAACACUCGAAUGGGGGGAAUACCCCUUGAGAGAGAAACCUAUGAAAUAAUCCAAAAAUAUAUAGCACAUUUAAUGUUAAUCUUAAGUUGAGGAACAAACAAACGUAGCGAAAAUUCAACAGAGAGCGUAACAUUAAUUAUACGAGUAAGUAAGUCGCGCAAAAGACCCCAAAAAGACACCAGAACACAGAGAAGCCGAAAGGUAAUCAGCCUACAAAAUAAGCAGCAAACGAAAUGAAACGAAACGAAACGAAGAAGCAGAAGGGAAGCGAAUUCACCAAAUAAUUAAGGAAACACUUCAACGAGAAGCGAGAAGGAGAUGAACGAUGAUGAGGAUGGAACGGAGCGAGUGCUCCUAACGAGAGGAGCGGAGAUACAGAAAUAGCAUAAACACACAAUAGAAAACACACACAUAAUUAGUGGUAAAUUUUAAGAGCGAAAACACUCUGCAAUCAAACGAUAGAGAGAUCUGGGGAAACCGAAAGCGAAGCAAAGCUACAUCGAAACACACACCUUUGGUGGAAGCACAAAGUGGCAGGCAUCCUGCUACCAGGAAGAAUAAUGCAAGCACCCAACAAAAGUGUUUCCAUUUCGAAGCAGAAGCCGAAGCUAAAACAGAUACACAACAAAACUAAAUUAAGGUAUUGGUGGUUACAAAAAUAUUAUAUAUGUAUAACUAAUUGAUGUUAGCAAAAGACGACGCUGGAAUAACGAUAUAAUCAAAAAGGCCCGAGGGCUGGCAAUGACACGUUGCGAUCCAGCGGCAUUGCCAGACCUCACAGACAGGACGGGAGAUUGACACAGUUGGCAUAGGGCACAUGUCUGGCAUGUUCAGUGCUGCAUGUUCCGUAUCCAUCUUGAGGGUAUAACGUCUGUUUAUUGGAAGUUGAAAUCAAAUCAAACUAUAUGAAUAUACGAAUAUAUAUAUGUGUGUAUAGUGUUGUACGUGAGAGUGCCAUCGAGUGUCGUGGCACAGGCUCAGGUUCGCUCAGGCUGAGAAGAGUUUAAUGAGUUCCAGAUAGUUUUUUUCCGAGGUCUGACUGUACACGUCUCUCAAGAGCGCACUAAGCACGCCGAGUACCCGGGCACGGAGUUUCGGGGAAACGGGUGUGAGGGUGCCACCAAAAUUGAACGAUCGAACAGUCGGCCAAAGGAUUGAUCUUUUUUGAGAAGAGAAGUCUCCUUCGAUGAUGUCCAUGUCAUACGAUUUCCACGAGGCCUGGACUGAGUCUGUGCCACGAACAGCGCUGGAUAUCGCUCGCCAAAAAUGUACUCGCACUUUCGUCAGUAUUUAAUCGACUAAAUCGUUAAUUAACAUUCAAAAUAAAUACAAUUAAAUAUGGGAAAGUCAUUUGAAGAGUGAAAAGAAGUGACGUGAAGUGAAGUGAAAGGAAAGAGAAAUGUUAAAUUUUAGUAAUUUUUCCAGCAAGUUAUAAACGAUAUAUAAAUGUUAACGUAAAUAAUCAGAAAGACAAUUCUUAAUUGAUCGGAAGUAGUACUAUGGAUCGACACGGGAAUUCAAUUAAAAUCUCGAUAGAUCGACAGGUCGAUAGGUGAGACGCGCAAACAAAAGGUGCCAAACUGGUUCGAUAGACAGAAAAAGUUCUGCCACGAGCAGAUCUUUGGGGCGUAUGCCGGGAAAAAGUAAAAAAAAAAAACAAGAAGAAAAACUAAUUAAAUAUAAAGAACACACGAUAAUCUAGGCCGUAAGUUGAUGUUACAACAGUUCAUUGAAAAGCGUUUAAAUAUUAUAUGGCAUACCAGAAUAUUAUGGAUUAAACCAGCAUUAACUAUAUAUACCUACACAUAUAUAUAAUAUGAUAUGAUAUGAUAUCAAAUACAACAAUAUAUUGCAAGUAUUCAAAUAUUCAUUGGACAAAACAAAAAAAACAUAAAAGAAACUUUUAUUGUUACAAUUUUAGGUGUAAGUCAUGUAACAGAUAAGAUAUUUGGACAUAUAGGUUAACAUUCUUACGAUAUAUAAACGAUAAACGAUAAAAAAUGAUUGAUUCUUAAACUUGUCGAAUUGCGAACUCAGACAAACAAACAAAAGCACGGUGCCGCACAACAUCCACAGGCUAAACCAGAAACCAAAUAAAUCAAAAACCAAAAACAAAACAAAGAAAAACAACCCAACAAACAAUUAUAAUUUAGUCAAAGGAAAAUCUAAAUAAAAAUCUAGCUAGUAAGUGAAUUUUAACGCAGUAAAGCAAACAACAACAAAACAACAACACAACAAGAAACGAAAGACAAAACUACACGAAAAGAAAGAAAGAAAGAGGAAAGAAGAAGGAGAUUUCACCAGAAUGAAGGCAAAACAAAACAAACAAAAAAAAAACACGAAAACUCAAAAUAGUAUGAUAUAAACGAAAAUGUAUUUAGCUGUUAACAAAAACCAAACAAAACAAAAAACUACUAAACAAAUGGAAAACCAAAAUACCGAAAACAGAAAACCGAAAACAAAAAGAAAAACCAAAGCAUAAGUAUGAUUAUCAUUAAAGGAACUUCUCUAAAUAAAAAGUAAACUUUGAAAAUCCUUAGCGGAGAAAAA